AAAAGAUAUAGAGAGAAAAGUAUUUAGAAAAAUAAAUAAAUAAAAUUGGAUCCCGGUCCCCCUGAGUAUAUGUUGUUUACAUGUGAAGAUGGCUGCCUCCAUAUCCCGUGUAGUCGGGUUGGCAGCUCUUGAGUCCAGCCUCUUCCGCCUAAGCCUAGGAACGAUACAAAGGCCAUUAUUAUGUACUACAGCAUCAAAUCUCCUUUCACCAUCUGACACUACAACUCCAUUAAGUUUAGUUCAGAAAAGUGGCCUUCACACAUCAACUGGGAACCAGAGCUGGGAGAGGCCUCGUGGGCCCAGGAAAUGGCUCCUCAACAAUCAAACAAAAUUUGCACCAACUCCUUUUGGAGAACAGGAGAGACCAGCAUAUGUGUGUCAUGUAAAAGAAAACGUAAAAUACAGCCCCGAUAAGAUGUGGUAUGUGGCUUGCUUAGUUCGGGGAAUGAAGAUUGAUGAUGCAAUCCAUCAGCUGCAAUUUGUACACAAGAAAGGAGCAGUUGCAGUGCGGGAGGCUCUCGAAGAGGCCCAGGAAAUGGCUGUCAGGAACCAUAAUGUUGAAUUUAAGAGUAAUUUGUGGGUCUCGGAAUCCUUUGUGGGCAAGGGACUGGUUAUUAAGGGCUUCAGACGACAUGCACGACGUAGGUUUGGUCACGUGAAGUACAAGCACUGUCACUACUUUGUGACACUAGAGGAGGGAGAGCCACCAGAACAUUACUAUCCCCAUAGUAGGAAACUGACACCACAGGAGAUGCUAGAAGAAUGGCUGGAGAGCAAACGAAAACGCACCAUUCCAAUGUCCUUGUAGUCUGCCACAGGACAAGUUGGAAUAGAGAACAUGUCUUUCUUUUUUACCUCCAGAUUUGUAGCAUCCAUAGAAUCUUCAGAUCAGAUUCAAGAACAGAGAUGGAAUUGAACUAAACUUGAAAUGUGAUUUUCAAAUCAGUUUAGGAGCGUAAACUUGUAAGCUCGUGUUCCUUGGAAUAAUUUGUUUCCAUCAAUUACAAAUUAUGUCUUGGAGAGGUUUUGUAAAUAUCAGUUAUUAAAUUUGUUUUAUUAGA